AAAGAAUGAUGUUGGUUUGGUCAGCUGAUGAACUUACCCUUCGAAUCCUGAUGGACUGAACUCUGUCCUGUACAUGACAGGCAAAACUCAGAAAGAAUACGACCCACGAGCACAGAUGUGGCUCUUUCCUUUCGAUUCUCGACUUGGCUAGGAUUUUCUCUCCUCAUUUACCGUAUUACCGAUUGCACAAGUCAAAGAGGAGGAAAAAGAUUCAGAAUCCCAUCGAUUUUAAGAGCUUCCUCUCUUUUUCUUCAUCAUUUUUGGUAUGCACUUUUCUCCUGUUCAUAUUAAACUUGGAGGGUACGAAGAAAAUUUUCAAUUGAAAGAAUGGUUGGUAAAUUGUCCACUAGAUUACUGAACAUAUGCAUAGUAUCAUUUUGCAAAGCCAGGCAAUUAGAUAGGGCAGAAUCUGUCAUUGUUGACGCUAUAAGGUUAGGAGUACUUCCUAAUAUAGUUACUUAUAAUAAACUUAUUGAUGCCUACUCUUGUCUUGUUAGUUUUGAUUCUGCUUAUUCUCUUCUUCAGAGAAUGAGUGAAGCCAGAAUAAACCCAGAUGUGGUUUCCUACAAUUCUCUGAUAUCUGGUGCUACUAGAAAUUGCUUGUUAUCGAAAUCCCUUGACCUGUUUGAAGAAAUGCUUCAAAGGGGCAUAGCUCCUGAUAUUUGGAGUUUUAAUACAUUGAUGCAUUGCUUCUUUAAGGUGGGAAAACCUGAAGAAGCAAACCAGGUUUUCAUGGAUAUUAUUCGCAAUGGUUUAUCUCCAUGUCCAGCUACUUUUAAUAUUAUGAUUAAUGGUCUUUGCAAGAAUGGUUACACGAGUAAUGCACUUAUGUUGUUUCGAAGUUUACAGCGACAUGGAUUUGUUCCUCAAUUAAUCACUUAUAAUAUUCUUAUUAAUGGGUUGUGUAAAGCGGGGAGAUUGGGGGGUGCAAGGAGAAUGCUCAAAGAACUUGCUGCAUCUGGUUAUAUGCCAAAUGCCAUAACUUAUACCACUGUAAUGAAAUGCUGCUUUAGAUCUAGGCGUUUUGAUCAAGGGCUCGAGAUAUUGCAAGAGAUGAUUGAUAAUGGUUAUACUUUUGAUGGUUUUGCAUAUUGCACUGUUGUUGGUGCUUUAAUCAAGUUUGGUAGGAUUAAAGAGGCAAGUGAUUAUAUGGAUCAGAUGAUGAGAAAUGGCAUUGAGCAUGAUUUAGUGUCUUAUAAUACACUAAUAAAUUUGUAUUGUAAAGAAGGUAAAUUGGAAGAUGCAUAUCAAUUGCUUGAUGAAAUAGAAGAAGGAGGUUUAGAAUGUGAUGAGUAUACACACACAAUUUUAAUAGAUGGGUUGUGCAAAGCAGGUAAUAUUGAGGGGGCCCAGCAACAUAUAAAGCAUAUGAAUGUGAUGGGUUUCAAUUUGCAUUUGGUUGCUUCAAAUUGUGUGGUUGACGGGUUGUGCAAAGCUGGUCAGAUUGAUCAUGCUUUGAAGAUGUUUGAAUCAAUGGAGAAGAGGGACUCGUUUACCUACUCUUCCUUGGUCUACAAUCUUUGCAAGGCUAGAAGGUAUCAUUGUGCAUCCAAGUUGUUGCUUGGUUGUAUAAGCAGUGGCAUGAAAAUACUCCGAUCAUCUCAACGGGCUGUUAUAGAUGGUCUUCGUUAUUCUGGUUUUCAAAAAGAAGCAAGGAAGCUUAAAUCAAAAAUUCGAUUGGCUCAGAUGGUGCAGUUUUGAUGUUCCUAUAGACCUUUUGAUGCAAUCUGGAGCUGAAGCAAUUCAAUUCAAUUAUUCUAGUGACCGUUCUUUUUGAAUUGAAAUCUUCAGUCAGCACCAUGUAAAUGUAAAUGCUCCAUGUUGUUGUAAAAAACUAGAGAUGCUUUAUACUAAUAAGAUUUGUUAUGUUUACACAUGGAUUGGAGGUACAGAAUCCAGGUUAAUGAAAAAUGACAGUAAUUUCAUUCCUACGGAUGUACAUUGGGUUAUUUAAAACUGGAUAUUGAUUGGCAUUGAUCGUUUAGAGUGGAGAAAGCGAAUCCAUAUAGCCGACCCUAAAUUUUUGGGAUAAAGGCUUAGUUGAGUUGAGUUGAGUUGUAUUGAUUUGCAUUGGUCAGAGAACUCUACUUUCAUUGAGCAUACGAGUGAAAUAUUCACACUGGAAUGGAUGCAUGGCAGUUCCUAAUGUUGAUGGAUCACAGGUGCGCCUGAGGCUCCAGAUGCAAGAGGCGCAAGGGCUUGUGCCCACAAACCCUCUAGGCGGGUGAUAUGCACAAGGUGCACCAAGGCACACCUAGGCGCAAGGGGCGCCUCGUCAAGCCCAAGUGCCCUAUUUAAAGAUUGCAAACCAAAUUUAUUUGAAUCUGGUCUGCAGCCUCCUAACUGUUGGAAUCUUUCCUCAUCAAAGAAGGUUAAGAAGUAUACUGGUGAUACAAUUAUAUCAAUACAGAAUUUAUCUAGAUACAAGAAUAGUGGUUUAUAUAUGUUCUUUGCUGGUCAACAUAUUGGUAAGACGCCUUGUUUUCUGAAUCAAUAUUUAGGUAUGCAGAUUAGGUUAUAGGAAAACCACAGGGAAUGGGCUUAUAGCAGAUAGAUGAUACAUACUCUCAGCAUGCAAUUUUCAGUGGAACUGUUACUGGUUCUUUUGUCAAUUCUUGAAUGCAAGUUGAAAUGAUAGAUGCUAUUAGUGCAAUGCUUCUAUUUUUAA